GUGCUUCGCAGUAGCUUGAGGAGUGACAUUCUGACUUGACUGCUUUUUUACUCCGCGUCCAAUCUUAUUCAUUUACGUGGCGGAUACCUAGUAUUCAACAUUUGGGCAACAUGUGCGGAAUCUUCGCAUACCUAAAUUACCUGACUCCGAAGAGCAGGAAAGAAAUUCUGGAGCUGUUGGUCGGCGGAUUGAAGCGCCUGGAAUACAGAGGCUACGAUUCAGCCGGUGUCGCCCUUGACAGCGUCGACGGCAAGGAUAUCUCGAUUAUUAAAAAACAGGGGAAGGUCAAGGCUCUCGAAGAGGAGAUAUUUUAUCGUACCAAUAUCGACUUCGAGUCGAAGACGUACAGUCAUGUGGGGAUCGCUCACACGCGUUGGGCAACGCAUGGUGUUCCUUCCGAAGUGAAUUCGCAUCCGCAGAGGUCUGACAGCGAGCAUGCUUUUGUGGUUGUGCAUAAUGGUAUUGUAACCAACUAUAAAGAAGUGAAGACAUUGCUACAGCAGAGGGGUUACAUCUUCGAGAGUGAAACCGAUACUGAAGUAAUCGCGAAGCUUAUUCACCAUUUGUGGGUCCAGCAUCCUGGUUACUCGUUUCGGGAACUCGUUGAGCAAGUUGUUCAACAGUUGGAAGGCGCUUUUGCUCUGUGCUUUAAAAGCAAGUACUUUCCAGGAGAGUGCGUAGCUACGAGAAGAGGAUCGCCCCUUUUAGUGGGUAUUAAAACGAAAACAAGAUUGGCCACCGAUCACGUGCCUAUUCUGUAUGGAAAAGAUGAACCUCCAUGCGUAAACAAAGAAGGUGAAGCGCCAACUAAAGAUCACCGUCCACAUGGCCGCACUGCAGAACUUCCGGUGAUACCGCGUAGCGAAAGCACGUCCGAGUUCCAACCCCUUGAAGACAAAGAAGUGGAGUACUUCUUCGCUUCUGACGCCAGUGCCGUCAUCGAGCACACAAAUCGUGUGAUAUUCCUCGAGGAUGACGACGUUGCCGCAGUGAAAGAGGGUGCACUCAGCAUUCAUCGACUUCGUCGAUGCAUGGAUGAUCCCCAUGCUAGGGAGAUCACUACUCUUAAGAUGGAGAUCCAGCAAAUUAUGAAAGGCAACUAUGAGUAUUUCAUGCAAAAAGAAAUCUUUGAACAACCCGAGUCGGUGGUGAACACUAUGAGGGGUCGUUUGAACUUCCGAGAUAAUUCGGUUACUUUAGGAGGGAUUAAGGUGAGUUCGGAUUACAUUCCCGAGAUCAAGAGGUGCAGACGUCUGAUGUUGAUCGGAUGUGGAACGAGCUACCAUUCCGCAAUCGCAACCAGACAGCUCUUAGAAGAACUAACUGAACUGCCAGUGAUGGUUGAAUUGGCCUCUGAUUUCUUAGAUAGGAACACACCGGUGUUCAGGGACGAUGUCUGUUUCUUCAUCUCGCAGUCUGGAGAGACUGCGGAUACACUGAUGGCUCUGCGUUAUUGCAAAGGCCGCGGCGCUCUAAUUGUUGGUAUUACCAACACGGUCGGUAGCAGCAUCUGUCGUGAGUCACACUGUGGUGUUCAUAUCAAUGCUGGACCAGAAAUAGGUGUGGCCAGCACAAAGGCCUACACUUCGCAGUUCAUUUCGCUUGUUAUGUUUGCCCUGGUUAUGAGCGAGGACAGAAUCUCUCUUGGUGCGAGACGCCUUCAGAUCAUAGAAGGAUUGAAGAAUUUGGAUAACCUAAUCCGUCAAGUUUUGCAACUUGAUGACAAAGUAAAAGAGCUUGCCAAGUCUCUGUUUCAGCACAAGUCUCUACUCAUCAUGGGUAGAGGAUACAAUUUUGCCACCUGUAUGGAGGGAGCAUUGAAAGUCAAAGAAUUGACAUAUAUGCACAGCGAGGGUAUCAUGGCUGGUGAAUUGAAACACGGCCCCUUGGCACUCGUUGACGAUUCCAUGCCCGUGAUAAUGAUCGUCAUGAGGGACCCAGUUUACGUGAAAUGCAUGAACGCUCUGCAGCAAGUAACGGCACGCGACGGUAAACCUAUUGUCAUAUGCGAGGAAGGAGACGAGGAGACAAAAAUGUUUGCAGACAGAGUUCUCGAAGUGCCUAGAACUGUCGAUUGUCUUCAAGGAAUUCUCACGGUCAUUCCAAUGCAACUGUUAUCUUUCCAUAUCGCCGUACUCCGCGGCUGCAACGUAGAUUGUCCUAGAAACCUGGCGAAGUCGGUUACGGUCGAGUAAAGGUUUGCUGGAAGUAUCGGGAGUUUGUUUCAGAACACGGUAGUUGUUCGGAAAUGAUUAAAGAUCGUCUCUGUCAAAAUGUUCAUUUAACGGAUGAUAAGAACAAGGUCCCAGAGAAAUUUUUAGAGGAAUGUGAUUCGUUUAACAUAAUUCUGUGUGCUUAGUAAUUCUAGAUUUGUAUUCGUUUGGAAUACGAAUCAUUGGCGUAGCUAAUGUUAUUGUAAACUUAACUUGUUUAAAUAUUUGGGCCAAAACAUAAAACACAGUAAUGUUUUUAUUACUCAAAAUUUAUGACAACUAUGUUAGAAUUAAGAAACAUUGGAUACUCAAUAUUUUUAAUGAAGAUGACCCUUAGAAAUUCUAGUUACGCCAGUGAGUAUAGAAACAGAUAAUUCUUAUAUCCGUACGUGUGUAUUAGGGAUGUAGAACAACUUGGACCAUCGUACUCGGCCUUCUUAAUUUGAUCGAAUGACGCAGGACGAUCCCGUUAAAAAUCAACGAAAACGUUCCUUUAUCAUGGGAAUACACGAACGUGUUUCCUAGAUGAUGAUUCCAAUGCAUUUAACACGGUUGUUUGUAUCCAUAUCAACGCGAUAAGAGCAAAGAACACGUGACGCUUUUCAGAUCAUAGACUAAUCGUGAUUCUAUUCCUUGAUCGAGUUGAAAAUAAGACUGUGGUUGCAAAAUUGCGUUGUAUCAUUCUGAAAAGUGUACGUAUGCGUGUGGAUGUGAGAGUAUAGAGGAUGAUUCCUCUAACCCGAUGUUUAAUUAUUUUAUUAUCUGUGAAUACAGAAAAAGAUGUUUGCGAGACAAAUUAGAUUAUGCUGGUAUGUUUGCAGGUAACAAAAUAAUUAAGAGUAACAGGGUUGAGCGAAACAUCCUGUAUACGUGUGUGUCAUAAAUUUCAAUUGAGAUGAACGCGUAGCCACAAUGGACACCGAGAAUUAGGUAAUGGGCAGAAACAAUAAUUCACAGAUGUGGUAAUAGCCGUGAUGUUCGUUCUGGUGUGUAAUGGCUCGUGCGUCGUGCAUUCAAAAAUUCGUAUUUUGUACAGUAUUUUAGAGGAACAAAGUGAAAUUUGAUACUUUCCCUUUCAUUUUUCUACGGAACGGUAUAUUUACACGUUAAGCGAAUUUUGUUAUCGACGGUGUACAUUCUGUAGGGCUGAAUUAAAAUAAUCCUAAAAUCUCCAAAAUCCCGUUUCGAAAAAUAUUUCACUUUACGAUUUGAAUUAAAUAGGGCGCCAAAUUCAUAACGAUUUUAAUUCGGUCCUGUUUCUACAGUAACAAAUUGUACAAGCUGCAUUCAAUUUCUAGAUUCGUACAAUAUUGCGUUCACCUUUCCCUGUUCGUGACGCAGAAAUAAACGGAAACUUUUCUACAGAUUAAUCAAGGUGUUGGAACCCGUAAAGUCAACUAUACUAUUUUCAACGAAAUAUCCGGUAGCGAUACAAAUAAACUGUUAGAAUGUAUAAUUAUUCAAAGUGAAUACGCAUAUUAUUCGCCAUUAAGUUAUUAACCAUGCGUUCUCCCCAGGGCAGGACGCAUGUAUUUAUAUUAUAAUUGAAUUUAAGAAAAGAAUUUUCUUUUAAAACCAACUGUAAUUGGAAUGUAAAUGUACGGAAAAUAAAUUGUUAAACAAAA